UUUAAUUACUUAACUAACGUUAGCUGGUGCUACAUGCUAUUUAACUUGCUUUUUGGCAUGAUAAAUGUAUCUACUUUAACGUUAGCUGAUGCUAUAUACUAUUUAACUUGCUUUUUGGCAUGAUAAAUUUAAUUACUUAACUAAUGUUAGCUGGUGCUGGUAUAUAUGUUAUGUCAGUUUGCAGACAAUGAAGAGAACGUCUGCAGACAUCUCUUCUUAUUUUAAGAAGAAAGUUAGUUCAGGAGAGAGAGAGAGCCAAGAGGGGAGCAUCCUGCUCUUCGUGAAGUGGAGGAUGCAGAGGAAGAAGCAGAGGCAGAGCAUGAUAAAGAUAGACAGGCACAGACAGCAUCAGUAAGAGAUGAAGAUGAAGAAUAUCAGACAGCAGAUCAGGAACAGGCAGCAACUAUGGUUAGAGAGGCGAGGCAGGAUUUAGCAAAAGCAGGUGUUCGACCUGUUCCUGGACCAACAGGUGAAGUGAUGACUGUAAUGAAAUGGAUCACUAGGCCAGAUAUCAGUGUCCUCUGUAACAUCAUUUGGGUAUAUGUAUGGCUAGAGUGUGUUUCCAUUAAGUUACAAGUCAUGACAAUCACUUCUGCCUUCUGAUUUAUUUAUUAGUAGUUGAGUUUUAUUAGAUUUGUGUAUAGGCUGUUAUUACAGCUAUAAUUGAUAAUUACUAUGAAGGGGGACCAACUUAUUAUUGUGAUUAUUUAUAUCAUAAUGAUUGAUUUUGCCUCUUGUUUCAUCACAUAUAUCUCCAAGUCAAGAGCAGAGCAGCCCAAGCAGCCACAACUCAAGAGCUUCCCUCGAACCUAUCAAGGGGACAGAAGACGGUGCUUCUCUAAAGACUGGUAUAACACACAUAAAUGGCUGGAAUACUCUCAGAGUAAAGACUCUGCCUACUGUUAUGCCUGCCGACAGUUCAGUCUCCCCUCCUCAGGUGAUUCGGUAUUUACAUCUGAAGAGGGGUUUAAAAAUUGGAAGAAGGCGACCUACAAAGAUGGGGGACUUAUAGGGCAUGCAAAAUCUGAAGUUCAUACAAAUGCAAUGUUAGCUUGGGCAGAGUAUGAGAAGUCAACUGCAACCACAUCCUCUCUCUCAGCCUCCUUAAAUGCAGAGUAUGACAAAUUAGUGAGGUAAAAUAGACAUUACAUUAAAACUGUUGCAGAAAUCCUGCUUUUCACAGCUACACAAAACAUUGCCCAGAGAGCACACAGAGAGUCAGAAAGUGACAAUAAAGGAAAUUUUCUUUGUAUUAUGGAACUCCUUGCUAAGCAUGAUCCCAUUGUCAAAAGGAAAAUGACAAGCCAAAGAAAUGCAACAUACCUUGGGCAUGCUACACAAAACGAAAUCAUUGAUUGUCUUGCCGAAAUGGUCCGCACCUCAAUAAUUAGUGAGGUUGUGCAAAGUGAAGCUUUCAGCAUUUUGGUUGACGAGACCCAGUAGGAUAAGCGGUUUGGACAAUGGAUGGAUGGAUGGAUGGAGACUAAAGACCUUAGUAAGAAGGAACAGAUGUCCUUUGUAAUUAGGUACUACUACAAUGGGUCAGUAUGUGAAAGCUUCCUUGCCUUUGAAGCAGCAGAGCGCCUGGACGCUGCAGCACUUUCACAGAAAAUUGUGCAAAUAUUGCAGAAAUAUGGUCUUGACUACAAAAACCACCUUGUAGGGCAAGCAUAUGAUGGUGCCUCAGUCAUGAGUGGAAAGAACACAGGUGUGCAAGCACGCUUUAAAGCAGAGGCACCAUUAGCUUUUUAUGUUCACUGCAAUGCACAUUGUUUAAAUUUAGUUUUAGUUGACAGUGUGAAAUGCAUCCCUGGAGCCUAUUGCUUCUUCUCUCUUUUGCAGAAACUGUAUGUCUUUGUGUCAUGGUCAUAUGUGCACCAAAAAUGGCUUGAGGUACAGAGGGAGAUGUUUCAGGGAGCCCCAAGGGAGUUACAAAGGCUGAUAGAGACAAGGUGGGCAUGUAGGUACAAUGCUUGCAUGACAGUGAGGGACAGACUGCCCGCCAUCAUACGUCUACUAAAAGAAAUAUCAGAAGAGCCCAAUGGUGACAGAGCUGUAGAGGCAAGAUGUUUAUUAGCCCAAAUAGAUCUCAAGUUUGUUGGUCUCCUUGCAACAUUCACCGGUGUUUUUGGUGAGAUAAAAUAUCUCUCAGGUAUUCUACAGUCCCCACAACUCAAUUUGGGCACAGCUGUUACACUUGUUGACUCUCUUGUUGAGAUAUUGGACAGUUACAGAGAGGGCCCUGUCUUUAAUGACAUUUGGGACAAAACUGACCCUUGCCAAGCAAUGCAACAUCAGUGCUACACCUCCAGGCUGUCAGGGUUAUUCAUUCCAAUUAUUGAUAUGCUUCUGUCUGAGCCAUAUAGUGAGGUCUUCCAUCAGAUGUUUAAACUGUGUAAAAUUGCACUUGCAUUACCAGUGAACACUGCAUCAUGUGAGUGCAGUUUUUCUGUGCUAAAAUUGAUCAAAACAUCCCUUGAGAAGUAUUAUGACUGAUGAACGAUUGAGUAAUUUGGGGGUGCUAAGUGUGGAGUCAAGAAGGGCUAGGGCCAUAAAUCUUGAUGACUUUGUAGAUUUGUUUGCAAAAAAGCACAGCAACAGGCGAAUAAAACUAUAUUGAGUGUGU